AGAUAAAAAGCGAAGAUGUAGGAAGAGAUUAUAACUCCGUACACAAUAGUUUCGUGAAUAGUUCACAAAAACUAGAGUAGACCCAUGGUUAUAUCAUACUUUUAUGCGUUCAAAUAUUUUGAAUUUAUUAUGGGUGAAGACAGGGAAUCUGAUAACCGAGGUGGGAUUAAAUCUUAAAAACGAAGGAGAAAUUUGUCACUAUGGUAACGGUAUUAUAGUAGAAUUAAAGCAAUAAGUAUAAUCGACAGCGAGGCUGUGCUGCACAGAAUAAAACAAUCAAUUUUUUUGCCUCUGACUAUAGAUUUCUUUCUUGUGAUAAUUUUUACUGGAUGUAAUUAGUGAUUUAUGCUUUGUGCGACGUUCGAACUGUUUGUAUAUUUCCCUUUUUCUUUGCCCAUAGAGGAGAGUCGAUUCAUAUAGCUGUCGCAUAAAUACAUGUAGAUCUAUUUUUAUUUUGAUGUCGUCGAAAUAAAACAAUCACUGUUGGGGCUUUGUGUUUAACCUGUGUUAACUUUUCAACUUGUUUUAACUUGUCAAUGUGAAUUUUACGAGUUGAUUGGCUUGUGUUAAGUGUGUAAAUACAAUGGUCUGUUAUACACUGAAAAUCGCGUGUGAUUAAUUACCACAUCACGAUAAGGCAAUAAUGCUGUUAAAACUAUGGUUGAUAUAAAGCUUACGGCGUUGACUAGGAUUCGAGGAAAAUUAUUUGUUUUGAAAUGACAUAUUAUGUUGAAAAGUAUUUUUAUAUAUAGCUAAUUAACUUUUCAAAUGGAGGUAAUCGUACACUGUUAUGUCUAUAUCGCUGGGUUUUGUAUUACUUGCAAAUUAUCGGAUACUAUUUUCAAUGACUUGUUAGCGUCUAAAUGUCUGGUUAUUUUGCCUUGUUAUUUCUUUGGUUUGCUUAUUUUGUAUGUUCAGUAGCUUAGAGUGGCUUUAAACAAGAUAAGAGGUUAACCUGCCUGUUUUGGUGGUGCACGUUUUCUUUCUCAUUUAUCUGCCGGAUCGGAACGCAGCCUAAAAUAGGGUAGGAUUAAUAAUCACUCCUUCUUUUGUAACCAGUUGAUUUGGUUUUUGGCUUGGAAUGAAAGGGUAUUGUUUGUAAUCUGGAUUCAGGUUGGGUCACUCCACGGGCUUUAGUUCAUUAUGCAGGAGGUAUGGUCCCCCUUUGGCGUACACUGCAUUCUUAUAUUCUGGUGCGUGCAUUGAAGCCUAGACUUAGGUAUGAAAGGUUCUGGUAGGCAAUGAUUAUUGUCAUUUCUUCCUUGGCCUCUGCUCACUGCACCAGCUUGUUUGGUCUGACAUGUCCCUGCCCUGCACAUGUAGUCUUUUGGGCGUGGCAUGGGGAUAUAUAGUUGGAGGUUGCCCCGCCAUAGCAUGGGGAAUGACCAGCGCUGGGUGGAUGUUUAGCUGAGUCUUCCUUGGAGUGGAGUCGAGAUCAGUAUUCGCAGCUGUUCAACAUUUACCAUGACAACAUCGCUGGGAAAGCCUUCCAAAACAGAAUGUGCCUGCCUAUCCCCAUCGAUGCGGUGUACACCUGGGUCAACGGGUCCGAUCCCAAGCUGAUCGCCGACCUCCAAAGAGUCAAAGAAAAACUUGAGAAAGAUUCCAAGAAGGACAGUGAGGAAGAGGAGAAGAAGCUCAUUCAAUGCAAAGAUGACAACUGUGUCCCCGGGCCGUUGAUCGUCUUCAGCGCGGUGUUGCCAGGCAGCCCGCAGACUGAAGAGUUGGCCAGGAGCCACAUCGCGUUUCUCCAGCAAGACAGGGCGUUCAAUUUGACCAAGUCGGGCCGGGAGAACAUGACGGUGGCUCAGUUUGAAAAGCAGUCUGUGGUUGACGUCAUCAUGAAAGAGAAGCCUUUUGUUAUGUACAAAGGAAGAAAUAUCUCCCUCUCAAGAGGGUUCCUUACGAGUGACUGGCGUGCAGAGGGGGGUGUGGAGCUGAAGGACAUGGCCUUCGUCUCCAACAUCGGCAAGAACGUGACGGAGGAGCAGCUGCAGCGGAAGAUCCCUGAGGACCAGCGGGAGAACGUGAGGCACAUCGACCUGACGUCCAGCGCCGGGGUGGCGGUCAUCACGCUGAAGACGGCUGAGGUCACCAGGGUGUUCAUCACGGAGUUUGAGAAAAGCGAAGGAGAGAAUGGGAUGAAGGUAGGCCCCGCCUACCUCCUGUGGGGUUUGGAGAAGGACACAGACCACGAGGAAGACAUCUCCAAGAGCCGAUUUGAAGACAAUGAGGAAAUGAGGUACUCGUUACGGUCGCUGGAGCAGAACGCGCCCUGGAUACGGCACGUGUACAUCGUCACCAACGGCCAAAUCCCAUCCUGGCUGAACCUGGACAACCCACGCAUCACGCUGAUCACCCACGAGGACAUUUUCCCGAACAAGAGCCACCUGCCCACGUUCAGCUCCCCGGCCAUCGAGAGCCACCUGCACCUCAUACCAGGCCUGUCGGACAAGUUCAUCUAUCUCAAUGACGACACUAUGUUUGGCGUGCCAGUCUGGCCGGACGACUUCUACACCCACUCGCAGGGACAGAAGGUCUACCUGACCUGGCCUGUUCCAAAUUGCGCCGAGGGGUGUCCACCGUCCUGGAUCCGAGACAAUUACUGCGACACAGCCUGCAACAACUCGGAAUGUGAUUGGGACGGUGGGGACUGCGACGGCGUGAGCAAACCGGGGCCGGUGGGAGGUGGCGUUGGAGGCGACGUUGCGCGUGAUACACCAGACCUGUACUGCAACCCAGGAUGUGCCAACAGCUGGAUUGCUGACCGCUACUGUGACCAGACUUGUAAUGUUGCCAAGUGUGGCUUUGACGCCGGCGACUGUGGCGUGGACAACUUUCCCCACCUGUUUGGAGUGGACAUCAAGGGACCGGUGAACAUCACAAUACCCAAAGGCGUCACAGCCUUCUUCCUCAACCUGACGGUUGUCUUUGACACCAACUCCUCCAUCACCGAGGCCCAGUACGACGACCACAAGAUUGUCCGGACGGCCACCGUGGCCCAGAAGUACAAGCUGAUCACGGUGCUGCUCCACGAAAACGUGUCGGACACACUGAUCGGCGUCAACGUCAGCGGCAGAAGGAACGACGACACCCUACUCAGCGUGUCAUUCAACAUGACUGUCAACUCCAUCCCUGUUACCGAGAAGGCACUGACAGUAGUCAAGGAAGGGGAAGAAAAGACAGUCACAGAGAAGGAGGAUGAGAUGUCAAAGGUCGUGUUUCAUGACAUUCCUGAGCAUGACAGGGGGCCCCAGAUUCACCUGAAUGCCAACAAGCCGGCUGUAGAAAUGCCAGCCAUUGAUCUAGAAUCCCUCAGUGAAGAAAUCGCCUUGAAACUAGCCGAGCUGAACAAAAAAUUUUCAGACGGGGACAUCACUGAGAAAGGACACAAGAAAUACAAAGCUCAGAUUCUUCAAGAAUAUAUACAGUCUCCAGAGUAUGCCAACAGAGUUGCUGGAAAACCAGAAACCAUCAAAGAAACUGGUGUACACCAUCAGGAAGGGGACUUUCAGGAAGUUUUGCAAAACGCCAAUGGGAAAUCUCUGCCCAAGCCUGGAGUUGCAAAAAGUGGGGGAGAGGAAAGCAUUGAUGGGUUUAAGAGGUUGAAGUUCAGGCACAUCGUGCCUAAGCCAGGGGGACAGGAUGCAGUGGAGCUUGGAGAGAAGAGGGAGGCAGAACUUCCAGGAGGGAACGUUAGGGACAAAAAUGUGGACCAAAAGGACGAGAUGUUGAUGAAGAAGUUUGAUGUGAACCUCCAGCAACUUGAUCUCCAGCAGCCUUUUAUGCAACAACAGUUGCAACCAUCAGUUCAAAAGCAACAGCGAUCUAUGCAACAGCAGCAGCCAGUUGUGCAACAGCAACAGCCAAACUUGCAAAAACAGCCACUGGCGCAACAGCAACCAGGCCUACAGCAGGAGCAGCUUGUGCAACAGCAGCACCAACUAGGCCUACAACAGCAACCAAUUAUGCAACAACAGGACAAGCCCCUUGUGCAACAGCAGCAGCCAUUUGUGCAACAGCAAAUGCACCAGCAGCCAGGUCUACAACAGCAGCCGCUUGCACAACAGCAGCAGCCAUUUGUGCAAUGGCAGCAGCCAGGUCUACAACAGCAGCAGCCAGGUAUACAGCAGCAGCCACCUGUACAACAGCAACCAGACCUACAGCAGCAGCCACUUAUGCAGCAACAGGACAAACCAUUUGUCCAACAACAGCAGCCAGGUCUACAGCUGCAGCAGCCAGGCCUACAGCAGCAACCACUUAUGCAACAACCGGGCAAACCAUUUGUCCAACAACAGCAACCAGGUCUACAGCUGCAGCAGCCAGGUCUACAGCAGCAGCCACUUAUGCAACAACAGGACAAGCCCCUUGUGCAACAGAAGCAGCCACUUGUGCAACAGCAGCAGCAGCCAGUUAUACAACAGCAGCCACUUGCACAACAGAAACUACCGCAGCCAAAAAGCCAGUCUCAACCACUGGAUCAGCAGCAGCACCACAAUGGUCAACAGCAGCAGCCUUACCUUAAGCAGCAGCCACGAAUCCAACAACCAGAAAUCAAUCCACAACAGCAACAGGUAAAUGCCCAGCAAUUUCCACAGGAACAGCAACUGCCUGAUCUAAAGCAGCAACCGCAGCAAGUUGGCAUUCAACAGCAGCCAUUAAACCGGCAACAGCCAUUUGCCGAAGAGCAGAAGCAGCAUCUGGGCCUGCAGAGGUUGCAGCAACAGCAACUGGGUGAUUCGGAGGACUCCAAAUUUGUUGGAGCUGGUGGAGGUGAAGUCCAGCCCAAGCAGGCAGCCAUGGAUCAUCUGAAUUACCAUGACAACAAAAGGGAGGUGGCCAAUCAGGAAGCUGGUGGCGAUCCGUUAGGUGCGCGCAUCAACCCGCGCCGGCCGCCUAAUAUUAACAACCUCCAACCAGUCCUGUUUAACAGGAAGCCACCACAGCAGGCCGGAUGGAACCAGAUUGGGCAAGCUGAACAACAUGGUCCCCAGAACUGGCGAGAACCAAUCCUGAUCAACCAGGAACCUGUCGCCCACAAUAGAAAGAAACAGCGGGGGGACCAGGGAAUCCCAGCAGACAGAAACCAGCCACUUGGUGCUGGGAACCAACUGCCUUUGUCUCAGGACAGAGUGAAUCCAUUGGCGUUAAACAGGCCAGCCCAGCAAUUACCAGCAGAUGAAAAGUUCCAGCUUCCAGAGACACGGUUGCAGAAACAAGAAGGUGCUGUCAAGGAGGCUGCACAGCAGGAUGUUGGCAAACGCACUGGAUUAAACCAGCCUAAUUCGGAUCCUGCCAAAUUGGACCAAGGACAAGGGAACAUGGCACCGCUCCAGCCAAAUCUGGUCCCAAAAGAUGAAGAGCAAAAGAGGAUCGUGGGUGACGAUAUUCCUAAAAAGAAAUUCUACAAAGGCAGGAGGAAAGAAACUGGAAGAAAGUUUAUCCCUCAACAUGAGGACAACAUUCUCCAUCAACGGAAACUGCUUUCAGUUGGAAAUUACCAACCUGAUAUAGAUCAACACAAUGAAAACAGACCCUUCCUUAAAGAAUCUCCGUAUUUAAACAUAGCACAUUUUUUCAGUGCAGCGUUAUCAAAUUUAACAUCUUCAAGACUCCAAAAUUCUCAGGGAGAACCGCAGAAGAACAGGGUGCAUCUUGGGAUAGGACAAAAGCAUCCUGGGAAACAGUUUGUUGAAAUGAGAGAUAAUGCAGCAGACAGGGACAGAAUUUAUAAGAAAUCAGAUAUAACAGUCGGCAGAGGCACCAGACUUAAAAAGCAUGAGAGAGGUGCAGUCGCCGUGACGAUGGAUGAUGUCACAGAUGAAGAGGCGGAGCAGCUGGUAGAGGAUGCUGAUCAGUACCUGAGGAAGACCAGCUUUCUGCCUUGGGAGAGAAAAGAAGCUCAUCAGGAAAAACGGAAGAAGUCAGACUACCAGACCACAAGCUACAGAAGUCGGAAGCCGUUGGAUACAUUUGCCGACUCGCUGAUCCACGUCAACAGGAUCUACAACAAGCGAUUCGGCUUCAUUGCGCGGAAGGUGCCAGGCCACAUCCCUCACAUGAUUGACAUCAAUAUCAUGAAGGAACUACAAGCUGAAUUUCCUGACGAGUUUGAUGCGACCUCGUCCCAUCAGAUCCGCCACUCCAAAGACAUGCAGUUUGCUUUCUCCUACAUGUACUACGUCAUUGGGUCGCCAAAGGAGGUGAACACCAACGAGAUCUUUGACGAGUUUGACACCGAUCACUCGGGGGUUCUGUCAGACAGGGAAAUCCGAACCCUAGCCACGAGGUUGUUUGAGCUUCCCCUGGACUUGCAGACGCUAAGUUCCCUGGAGAACAACUUCAUCCAGUGUGCCAAGAACCUGUCCCGGGAGGUGUACGAAGACCCCAGCCUCACCCAGGAGAAGUACUAUGAAGAGAAGAUGCCGCAAGUCACCAAGGCCCUAGUGGCCAAGUGCUCGGCAGUGACUGACCUAAUGCAGAAAAGUGUCAAAGGUCAAACUAAUUACAAGUACGAAAUCCUCGGUGAUGAAGAUAUAGCUUUCAAGAUGAUUCGAACCAAUGUAUCACAGGUCAUAGGUCAACUGGAUGACAUCAGGAAGAACCCCAAAAAAUUUGUCUGCCUAAAUGACAACAUCGACCACGCCAGUCCCGAAGCGUACAUGGUGAAAGCAGUGUUACAGGACUUCUAUGAAGCGCUGUUCCCAAUCGUCUCACAGUUUGAGCUCCCGCGAGAGUACAGAAAUCGGUUUUUACACGUUGACGAGCUUCGAGAAUGGAGACGAUAUCGCGACUGGCUAAGAUUCUGGACCCAACUCUCCUUGCUUGCGUUGAUUGCUUUUAGCAUAGCCUCGUUUUGCUCACGCCAGUUGCUGGCCUUAAAAAGACGCUGCUGUCCACGGCGACGCACAAAAAUGAGUGAAAUCGCAGAGAAAGUGCAACAUGUAUGACAAUCAAGGAAAAAGGAAGCUUCAAAUAAGAACUGAAACCUUGUAUUCGUCCAUGCCAUCAGAUGGCAAAACAAAAACCUCCGUCAAAAACUGACCAGGCUGAAGGCUGCCUUGUUGGCUGUUCAACAAAGAACCAUCCAUAAUCAUGCCUGCCACUGCAUUAGGCUUGGGCGAGUCUGGGGUAAAAUCAUUUAGAGUCGAUUCCAUAUAGUUACUUAUGUUGGAUGGGAGGCGGGACAGUUCUCUGUAUUUCCUUUCCGGGAGUUUUGAUUCUAGCAAGAAGCAUUCUCUGAAGACAAUUGACCACAACAGUAAUGUAAAACCCACUGUUCACUGUAUACAGCGUUCAUAAAUGUACUUUGGUAGAGGACAAAACACCAAAUAUUUUUGUACAAAAAAAUUUAAAAUCUUCUUGGGGCAAAUCAUUACAUUUCAUAAAAAUACUUUUGAUUUGAAAUUGAACACCAUUAGUCGUGAGAAGUGAUUAAUGAUAAGGAAGUUCCCCAAACCUGUUAUUCGUUUCCCAUUAGAUCGGCAGUACUUGUAAGGUGGAAGAUUUACGUUUGGUUUUUGUAGUAUGAUGCAGCAUUGUUGUUUGUAUAUAUUUGCACAUGGAGACAUGAUGUGGUCAUGUUUCUUCCAGAUUUAUAUUUAAGUGGGUGCUGGUACUGCCAUGUGAUUGUUAUUAAACUGCCUCAGUUGGAAAAUGACAAGAACAUUUUGACCCAAUUAAAGACAAAAAUCUGUCUUGCUGCUUUAUGUUCAUUUGAAAUAAAAUUAAAACCUUCUCCCUUUUUUAGCAUUUUUAUAUUUUACUCAUAUAGAAUGCAAUUUUUUUGAUUUUCAAAAUGGCAGUGUUUCAGAUGUUGUAAUGAAAUUGGGUUAGAUGAGUGUCAAACGUCAUAGGACAGUGUGGCAGAGAUUGUGAGAUGUCAUAUGAUCGUGUAGAUGAUUUUCAGAUGUCAUAUGACAAUAUGUCAGAAUGUUGGGUGUCAUAUGACAGUGUAGAUGAUUGCCAGAUGUCAUGACAGUGUCAGAUCUCGUAUGACGUGGCAAAAAUUACCAAAUGUUUCAUGUAAGUGUGGAUGAUUGUCAGACGUCAUAUGAUAGUAUGGUAGAGAUUGUCAGAUGCCAUAUGACAACGCAGAUGAUUGACAGAUGUCAUAUGACAGCAUGUCUGAUGCACAGUGUGUCAGUUGAGAGUGUGUCAGAUGCAAUAUUUCCAUGAAGCAUGCAGCUCGAUUGUGUGUACAUAUAUUUUGGUGGGUUCAUUUUGGGGCCCUUGUAAGAUGUCCAGUCUGGUUGUACUUAAAUGUUGCUUGAACUUUUCAGUUGAAAUACAUGUACAUGUAGUGCAUUUGUGCAAGACAACCUCAAGAGCAUAAAGAAAGAGCACAGUUUUGUGCUCCAAUUUUUUUUUGGUCUUGGUCUUUCAUGGGAAGUCGCAAUUAUUUUAUGCAUUUAAGUUAACUUUAGUGAUGCCAGAAAUAACGGGGGUUUUGGACAAUGAUUAUGUUUACUGUAUUUCAGUUCUCGUUUUAUAGUUUUUGGUGAUUGGUGUAAACUAAGGAGUUUUGUACAGUUAUUUUUCAGGUUUAAGAAAAGUGCUUUUCUACAUCAAAAAAGUAUAUAUUUAUUGCUGUAAAUAGAGGCACACCUGCAUUGGACAUGUAUAAUGUGCCCCGUAUGGCCAUGAGGAUCAAAAUAUCUGUUUGGGGUCUUUCUGUGGGUAAUUUUUUUUUACUUUUGGACUAGUGUAGUUGGAAUAUAAGGGGUACAUGCAUGUAAUUUAUAAAUUACUAUUUAUAAUGUUCAUGGCUGUUCUAAUAAUUUUCAGAAUGCUGCAAAGCAUUUUGAAGUCAUUCAGCUUUUAGGAGAAGCUGGCUGCACACGUAACGGGAACACCGCGCUGUUUUGUGAAAUUUAUCUAUUGAAAAUUAAAAAAAAAUUUUUGGACGUUUGUUUCUUCCCAAUAAAUAAUUGAGAACAAAGAA